AUGAGGUUCGCUAUUUGUCUCAUCUUCCCAGUUCUUCUCGGUGUCUGCUUCGCUUCAAGACUGAAUGGACACAGUCAUGGCAACGGUAAUGGCAACGGCAAUGGUAACAGCUUCACCUAUGGCGUUAACAGAAACGGGAAUGGUGCCAACGGCAACGGAAGAUACAGAAAUGGAAACGGCAACACCAAAGGCAACGGCAACGGUUACACGAAUGGCAACGGUGCUGUCAACGGCAACGGUUACACCAACGGCAACGGUGCUGUCAACGGCAACGGCUACACGAACGGCAACGGUGCUGUCAACGGCAACGGUUACACCAACGGCAACGGUGCUGUCAACGGCAACGGUUACACCAACGGCAACGGUGCUGUCAACGGCAACGGUUUUACCAACGGAGUCAACGGCAACGGCUACACGAACGGCAAUGGUGCUGUGAACGGCAACGGUAACGGUGCUGUUAACGGAAAUGGUAAUGGCAACGGGUACUCCUACCAGCCCCCUAGUGUACCUGUAAACCUGUACCAGACCCCAGGCAGCAACGGCAACGGUGCUGUGAACACCAACGGCGCUGUUAACGGAAACGGCGGUGUCAUCGGAAACGGUUACUCCAACGGUGUCAACGGUAACGGCGCCGUUAAUGGAAACGGUUACUCCAACGGUCGUGUCAACGGAAAUGGCGCCGUUAACGGAAAUGGUUACUCCAAUGGCCACGUCAACGGAAAUGGUUAUUCCAAUGGCCGCGUCAACGGCAACGGUGCUGUUAACGGUAAUGGUUACUCCAGCGGGCAUGUCAACGGAAACGGUGCUGUGAACGGUAACCGUUACUCCAACGGCCGCAUCAACGGAAACGGUUACUCAAACGGUCUCGUUAACGGCAACGGUGCUGUCAACGGCAAUGGUUACACCAAUGGAGUCAACGGUAAUGGAGUGUACGGCAACGGGUAUACUAACGGAGUCAAUGGCAAUGGUGCUGUUAACGGCAAUGGGUACACCAACGGCGUUAACGGUAAUGGAGUUAAUGGCAAUGGUUACACCAACGGAGUCAAUGGCAAUGGUGCUGUUAAUGGCAACGGUUACACCAACGGUGUUAACGGCAACGGAGUGAACGGAAACGGUUACACUAACGGCGUUAACGGUAAUGGCGCUGUCAACGGUAACGGUGCUGUGAACGGCAACGGCAACGGCAACGGGUACUCGUACCAGCCCCCCAGCGUUCCCGUCAACCUGUACCAGACCCCACAAGGCUAA